AUGGCGGAACAGCCCGCUGAGGCGGCCCCGGCCCCCGCCGCCCCGUUGCCCGCCGCCCCGACACCCCCCGCCGUCCCGACACCCCCCACCGCCCUGCCGCUGCAGACCCCGCCGGGCGGUUCCCAGCGCCUCCUCUUCUCUCACGACCUGGUGUCGGGCCGCUACCGCGGCUCGGUGCGGUUCGGCCUGGUGCGCCUCAUCCACGGCGAGGACUCGGAGUCGGACUCAGAGGAAGGCGGUGGCGGCGGCGGCGGAGGACGAGGGACCGGCGGUGGAGGAGCCGCGAGCUCGGGAGGCUCCGAGUCGGGGGGUCCCGGGGGCGGCGGGACGGAGGAGGGCCGCUCCAGCCCGUUGCGGCGGGGCUACGUGCGGGUGCAGUGGUACCCGGAGGGCAUCAAGCAGCACGUCAAGGAGACCAAGCUGAAGCUCGAAGAUCGCUCUGUGGUCCCUCGAGAUGUGGUCAGACACAUGAGCUCCAGUGACAGCCAAUGUGGAACUGUAAUUGAUGUCAACAUUGAGUGUGCUGUGAAGCUGGUAGGAACUAACUGCAUCCUCUACCCUGUCAACAGCAAAGACCUGCAACAUAUCUGGCCUUUCAUGUAUGGUGACUACAUAGCCUAUGACUGCUGGCUGGGCAAGGUCUAUGAUUUGAAGAACCAGGUCAUCCUCAAGCUUUCCAAUGGAGCCAGGUGUUCUAUGAGCACAGAAGAUGGAGCCAAGCUCUAUGAUGUUUGUCCUCACGUCAGUGACUCGGGUCUCUUCUUUGAUGAUUCAUAUGGCUUUUAUCCUGGGCAAGUUCUCAUUGGGCCUUCUAAAGUCUUCUCCAGUGUGCAGUGGCUGUCUGGUGUGAAGCCUGUUCUGAGCACAAAGAGCAAGUUCAGAGUGGUGGUGGAAGAGGUACAAGUGGUAGAACUAAAGGUUACUUGGAUCACUAAAAGCUUCUGUCCUGGAGGUACUGACAGUGUGAGCCCUCCUCCCUCCAUAAUCAGCCAGGAGAACCUGUCCAGGGUAAAACGUCUGGGGUGCUUUGACCAUGCCCAAAGGCAGCUUGGGGAGAGGUGCCUCUAUGUGUUCCCAGACAAAGUGGAACCUGCAAAAAUCACCUGUGAAUGCCCUGAGAGGAACUGUGUCCUGGGUGAAGGGUCAGUUGCCAAAAAGGUGAGGAGGCUGCUGAAGAAGCAGAUAGUGAAGAUCAUGUCCUGCUCCCCGGAGUCUCAGGGUACCACCGAAGCCCCUGACAAAGAGCCUGCUGCAGCUGCUGACCAAAAGUCAGAAGAGCUCAAGCCUGGAUCAAAGUGUGAGCUGGAUGAUUCUUCCAACAGUGCACCAAGAAGCCCUGUGGAGAGAAAGGAGGAGCAGCCUGAGGAAGCAGGGAAGGAGAAAGAGGCAGCAGCAGCAGCACGGCAGCAGCAGCCACCUCCAUUCCUGCUGAAAGACGAAGGCUCGGCCGACUACCGGCUGCAGUCCAUGGAGCAAGAUGCUGAUGACGAGGCAGCUGAUGACACUGAUGACACAAGCUCUGUCACCUCUUCUGCUAGCUCCACUGCCUCAUCCCAGAGUGGCAGUGGCGCUGGCCGCAAGAAGAGCAUCCCUCUGUCCAUCAAAAACUUGAAGCGGAAGCACAAGAAGAAGAAGACCAAGAUUUCACGGGAGUUUAAGCCAGGAGACAGGGUUGCUGUGGAAGUGGUGACCACGAUGACUUCAGCUGAUGUGAUGUGGCAGGAUGGCACCGUGGAGACAAACAUCCGCUCCAACGAGCUGAUUCCAGUCCAUCAUCUGGACAACAACGAGUUCUGCCCUGGGGACUUUGUGGUGGACAAAAGAGCUCAGAGCUCCCAGGACCCUGGGUUGUAUGGAGUCGUGCAGUCUGGGGACCACAUUGGCCGUACCUGUGUGGUGAAGUGGUUCAAGCUGAAAUCCAGUGGAGAUGAUGUGGAGCUGAUCGGGGAGGAGGAGGAUGUGAGUGUCUAUGACAUUGCUGAUCACCCUGACUUCCGCUUCCGCACCACCGACAUCGUCAUCCGCAUCGGCAACUCGGACGGAGCCACAGCUAAGGAAGAUGAGCCAUCGGUGGGACAGGUGGCUCGUGUGGAUGUCAGCAGCAAAGUGGAAGUGGUGUGGGCUGACAACACCAAGACUAUCAUUCUGCCUCAGCACUUGUACAACAUUGAGUCAGAAAUCGAGGAGUCAGACUAUGAUUCCGUUGACGGCAGCACCAGUGGAGCAUCCUCAGAGUGGGAGGAUGAAAGUGACAGCUGGGAGACAGACAAUGGCCUCAUGGAAGAUGACCACCCAAAAAUUGAGGAGCUAGAGCCUGAGGAGCCAGCAGCAGAGGAGAUAAAAAAGGUAGAGGAACAAGUCCAGGGAGCUGUGGCUAUGGCAGUUGCAGAUCUUGCCGCAGAGAAAGCUGGCAAGGACGGAGCCCCAAAGAGCUUCCGGGAGCUAAAGGAGGCCAUCAAGAUCUUGGAAAGCCUGAAAAAUAUGACUGUGGAGCAGCUGCUGACUGGCUCUCCCACCUCUCCAACUGUGGAGCUGGAAAAACCCACUCGGGAGAAGAAGUUCUUGGAUGAUAUUAAAAAGCUGCAGGAAAAUCUGAAGAAGACCUUGGAUAACGUGGCUAUUGCUGAGGAGGAAAAGAUGGAAGCCAUGGUGGAGACAGAGAAGAAAGAGGAAAAAUCAGAGGCACAGACACCAGUGAGGUCAGAGUGGCCCAGUGAGACACCAGUGCUCUGCCAGCAGAGUGGAGGCAAGCCUGGGGUCACCUUCACCAGUGCCAAGGGAGAAGUCUUCUCCGUGCUGGAGUAUGCUCCAGAUACCCAUGCCUUCAAGAAAAUGGAAUUCCAGCCCCCAGAAGCAAAGAAGUUCUUUAGCACUGUGCGGAAGGAGAUGGCUCUCCUGGCCACCUCCCUGCCUGAUGGCAUCAUGGUUAAAACCUUCGAGGAUCGAAUGGACCUCUUCUCAGCACUUAUAAAAGGCCCCACACGCACACCCUACGAGGAUGGCCUCUUCCUCUUCGACAUCCAACUCCCCAACAUCUACCCUGCUGUGCCGCCGCUCUUCCGCUACCUCUCCCAGUGCAGUGGGAGGCUGAAUCCCAACCUCUAUGACAAUGGCAAAGUCUGUGUCAGCCUCCUGGGGACGUGGAUAGGCAAGGGGACAGAAAGGUGGACCAGUAAAUCCAGCCUGCUUCAAGUGCUCAUCUCCAUCCAAGGUCUCAUCCUGGUGAACGAGCCCUACUACAACGAGGCAGGCUUCGACAGCGACCGGGGCCUGCAGGAGGGCUACGAGAACAGUCGGUGCUACAACGAGAUGACGCUGAUCCGCGUGGUGCAGUCCAUGAUGCAGCUGCUGCGCAGGCCGGUGGAGGUCUUCGAGCACGAGAUCCGCGAGCACUUCCGCUGCCACGGCUGGCGCCUGGUGUCCCGCAUCGAGGCCUGGCUGGAGACCAACGAGCUGGUGGAGCGCAGCCACGAACAGGCCAACGGCGCCGAUUCGGCCUCCCUGCUCUCCGCCUGCGGUGGCCUGGCCGACAGCCCCGGGGACAAUGCGGAGCAGGGGGCGGCCGCGGAGCUCUCCGACUCAGCGCCGGACGGGAAGGAGGAGCUGGACGAGGCGGAGCUGGCGACCUCCUCCGUGGCCGGCGCUGGGGAGCUCCAGCAGCACUCGGACUCGGAGAGCGCGGGCCAAGCCAGGGGGACAGAGCUGGCCAGAGACCGAACGGACGAGGGGAAGGCUGCCCAGGACUCUGCCUCGCAGCCUAGCGUGAAACCAAAGAAAAGGAGAAAGAGCUACCGGAGCUUCCUUCCGGAGAAGAGCGGCUACCCCGAUAUCGGCUUCCCCCUCUUCCCCUUGUCCAAGGGGUUCAUCAAAAGCAUCCGCGGUGUCUUGCAGCAGUACCGGGCUGCCUUAGCAGGGGCCAACAUCCCAGAGUGGACAGAGGACAAAUAAAUGGUCAGGUUAGGGACAGGCAGGUGCCACGGGAGAAGGGAAAGCGGCAGAAAGGAAAUUGGCAAACGCUGUUACCAGAAACCGGCUUCUCCUUCCAGCUUUCCUUCCUCAGCUUGGUUUGUUCCAAAGAAGGUGGUAGGUAGGCCUGAUCGCUCCUCUGAGGAAAGGUUGUCUAAGCAUGAAUAACUCUUUGCCCCCAGCCCUUCUCCCUUCCCCCUGUCCCACGUUACAUGCUGCUCUUGCCAGUUUGGCCCCGCAAUGGUAAGAUUUGAGACCUGCACAGAAGCAGUCUUGCAGCCACGUUCCCUCUGCACCUUUCCACACAAGGACUCUUCCCACCCAACACUACAUCCAGCAGUUAGCUCAGGUGGGGCUGA